AGCCACGGCAGCAGGAGGUGGUUUCACUGCUGCGUCCCAGAGGCUCAGGACUCGCCGACCCGGCAAGCCGCCUCCGCCUCCUGCCGCGGCUCAGCACCCUGCCCGCGAACGCGCAACUCUGAGGAGGCUUUACGCACCUCUCCUAAAACUGACACCCGCUGCCUCACGCUGCGCGGGAAAUGCUUGUUGCGCCUGGGUCCCUUCCCGCUCUUUUCUGGUGCUGAAUCAAGGUGGCGACCCCCCCCCGCUUCCCUUUCUUUCUUUCCUUCCUUCCUUCCUUCUCCCUUUCUGUCUUCUCUCCCUCUUUCUUAUUCUUUCCUUCUUUAUCCCCUUCCUUCUUUCCUACUCAUCUUUCUCUCCCCUCUUUUCUUCCUCUCUCCCUCCUGCUCCCUCUUUUCUUCCUUCCUUCCUUCCUUAGUUCACUGUUCUAGCAUCCGUUACUUUAACGGGCUUCAUGAUACUAGUAAUAAUAAUAAUAAAAAUUUAUUUAUAUCCCGCCAUCUAGGCGGCUUCCAACAGAAGUAUUAAAAUACAAUAAUCUAUUGAGCAUUAAAAGCUUCCCUAAAGAGGACUGCCUUCAGAUGUCCUCUAAAAGUCUGGUGGUUGUGUUUCUCUUUGACAUCUGGUGGGAGGGCGUUCCACAGGGUGCGUACCACUACUGAAAAGGCCAUCUGCCUGGUUCCCUGUAACUUGUGUAGGCAGAAUGACUUGAAAAACAGAAGGUGGAGUACCCCCUAUUUGCACAAAGACGAACACCCAUAAUUAAAACGCAGAAUAAAAUAAGCAUCCAGAAUUAAAAUGUGCAGCAAAGCAAUCCUAUUGAAACACCGCUGCAAUUUACAGGAAGGAAACAACAGAGCAUUGUGUAGCAGAUCAUAUUGAUGCUGUCUCAGAGGAGGACAUUUCCCUUUUUCUUUUAGGGUUCAGUGUGCUUUGAAGAUGUCACUGUUCGUUUCACGGACGAGGAGUGGGCGUUGCUGGAUCCUGACCAGAGAGCUCUGCAUAAGGAGGUUAUGGAGGAGAUUCAUGGGAUCGUGGCCUCUCUUGAUUGUGAUGAAUUGGAAAUCGAGAACAAAGGUGACCAUGACAAAAUCCUCAGAGAGGAGAAGCCAGGUAAAAAAUUGGAGUGUGGAGAAAGCUGCAGUCAGCGCUCCCAUUCCACUUCCCAUCAACAAAAUCUCAUCAGAAAGAAACUCUAUCAGUGCAUGGAAUGUGGAAAGAGCUUCAGUCAGAGCUCCAAUCUCACUUCCCAUCAGAGAAUUCAUACAGGGGAGAAACCCUAUCAGUGUGUGGAAUGUGGAAAGAGUUUCAGUCAGAGCUCCCAUCUCACUAACCACCAAAGAAUUCAUACAGGGGAGAAACCCUAUCAGUGUGUGGAAUGUGGAAAGAGCGUCAGUAAUAACUACUCUCUCACUUCCCAUCAAAGAAUUCAUACAGGGGAGAAACCCUAUCAGUGUGUGGAAUGCGGAAAGAGCUUCAGUCAGAGCUCUAAUCUCACUAACCACCAAAGAAUUCAUACAGGGGAGAAACCCUAUCAGUGUGUGGAAUGUGGAAAGAGCUUCAGUAGGAACUCCUCUCUCACUUCCCAUCAAAUAAUUCAUACAGGAGAGAAACCCUAUCAGUGUGUGGAAUGUGGAAAGAGCUUCAGUCACAACCACAGUCUCACUUCCCAUCAAAGAAUUCAUACAGGGGAGAAACCAUAUCAGUGCGUGGCAUGUGGAAAGAGCUUCAGUCAUAGCUCCUCUCUCACUAAGCAUCAAAGAAUUCAUACAGGGGAGAAACCAUAUCAGUGUGUGGAAUGUGGAAAGAGCUUCAGAGUGAGCCCCAGUCUCGCUAGGCAUCAAAGAAUUCAUACAGAGGAGAAACUCUAUCAGUGCAUGGAAUGUGGAAAGAGCUUCACUGAUAGAUCCUCUCUCACUUCCCAUCAAAGAAUUCAUACAGGGGAGAAACCCUAUCAGUGUGUGGAAUGUGGAAAAAGCUUCAGUCUGAACUCCUCUCUCACUAAGCAUCAAAGAAUUCAUACAGGAGAUAAACCCUAUCAGUGUGUGGAAUGUGGAAAAAGCUUCAGUCUGAACUCCUCUCUCACUAAGCAUCAAAGAAUUCAUACAGGAGAUAAACCCUACCAGUGUGUGGAAUGUGGAAAGAGCUUCAGUCGGAGCUCCUCUCUCACUUCCCAUAAAAGAAUCCAUAAUAAUGUCGUAAAAACCAUUGUACAGCUUUAGGAGCCAGGCAAAUCAGCACCUUUUUAACCAGAUCUAAAUGUGGUAUUUUGUGUUUUUGUGUUGUGUUAUUAUGUUGUAAGCUUCCUGAGACCUGUAGGUGUAGGGAAUAGGUGGCCACUCUUAAAGGCGUAAGGGUCUUCCCCCGAAAAAACAGUGUGUGGAAUGUGGAAAGAGCUUCAGCAAUAGCUCCUGUCUAACUUCCCAUCAAAGAAUCCAUACAGCGGAGUAUCCCUAUCAGUGUGUGGAAUGUGGAAAGAGCUUUAGUCAGAGCUCCAAACUCACUUCCCAUAAAAGAAUCCAUACAAAGGUCGGAAAAACGAGAUUACCAGAUUUUUUUCAAUGAAUCCAGGGACACUCUUUUGUAGCAGCCAAGGGGUUAAAAUACAGUAGCAUCUGGAUUAUUAGUAGGGAGUAUCAUUUUGUAAACAUAUGUAGUUUACAUGGCAACCAGAGCCAGGUUCCUUGGUUAUGGGUGAAGGGUGGGGAGGGGGAGAGAGAGAAGGGAAAGCAAAAUUAGGAUGGGAUGGUUGGAACUGAGGGAGGGGUGUGUGUGUGUGUUCGCCCCCCCCUUUUCUGGGAUUCCUGGAAGUGUCACCGAAAAGGAAGGAAGGAACAAGGGGGGGGGGGUAGAGAGGGGACAAAGAGUCAGGUCGUCCCAGAAAAAGGCACAUGAGGAAUACAAACGGAUAGAUAACGAAAGCUAUUAUAAUAUGAACCUCCCCUAUUUUCUGUCUGACGCUUUAAGUAGAGAAAAAUGCAAUAGGGAGACUGUGUGGGGAGAGGGGGGAGCCAUGUGGCAGAGUAUUUUUAUUUUUAUUUACAAGCGAGGAGGUGGGAGGGUGGUGUCUCCUUUGGUCGGGCAAUAAAACGCCUAGCCUUUAUUCCUUGCAUCUGCACCCCUCUCAAAUUCGGACGUUUGGGAAGGAACAUGAUAAACCAUAUGCCGGCACCCUCCACGUCUCCCCUCAGCCCUCGGGGCAAGGUUCCCGCCAAAACACCAAUAAACAAGCGGAAGCAGCAGCAGCAAGAGGAGCAGACGGAGGAGGAGGAGGGUGGGAGCGGGAGGGGGAAUGUUGCCUCUCGUCUAACACAGCCCAGCCGUCCGCACUGGCAACAGCAGCGGCCACAGAGCCUCUUGCCACUGGCAUCCUUGGCCAUGGACAGAUUGGUAAAACCGGGAACUGUCCCUGGGAACCGGGGACGUCUGAUAACCCUACAUUAUACAGCUUUAGGAGCCAGGCAAAUUGGCAGCUUUUUAACCAGGCCUUUGGCUGAGUGACAUCUAAUGCCCUCCUAAAAUGUGGUGUUUUGUGCUUUUAUGUUGUGACCAUCCGGAGACAUGUACGUGUAGGGAAUAGGCACCAGCUAGGGGUCUUUGCCCGUCAUAAAAUAUUUGAGGAGGCCACACAUUGCGCAGAUAAAAUAAAAACAAACAAACCACCACGAAAGCUCACCUGUCUCAAGAAUCUCAGCAGGUUGACAUCAAUAAAAUAAACCAAAAGACAAGCAAAAGCUGUGAGGGGGAAGGAGAAAAAAGGGACAAGUUUAAAUAAUAAAAGUAAAAAAUGAAAUCAGAAUCAUAACAAGAAAUUGAGAAUAUAAGAAUCCACUUAACGCCUCGCCUAAUCCUUCAUCAACCACCACCAACUGCAGAGUGGGGGGCAAAGAGCCCAGCCAGCGGGGAGCAGGUCUGAGGGGUCCCAUCCCUGUUCUGGUUCUCUCAAAGCUUGGCUUUCUAUGGGAAUGGCUCCCCAUGCCUUGAGCCAGUAGUCUCUUCCUCUCCAGCAGAUGCACAACCCCAUCCCCCAAACCCCUCCCUGCCCCACUUCCCCAUGGGGCUCCCCCACACCACCCAUCACUCCCCAGGAUGGCUUUGGCCGUCUCCUGCUUGGAGCACUUCAGGGUUCGGAGCCCCUGAGCUGAGCUGCCUGGCGGUUCUGAAUCACCUCCAGCAGGAACAGCUGAUCUUCCUCCAGCAGCUGAAAGGCUAAAGUCAGGCUGUCAGUUCCUCAGGGACACCCCAGGCCUUGGGGGCUAAUCCUGGCCUCCUUCAACCAGAAUGUGGCUCCCCAGGCUAACGAGAUGGUCAAUAUCCAGUUCCACUCCACCCUUUUAAUGUGGUGUUUUGUGCUUUUAUCUUGUGCUUUUAUGUUGUGACCCCCCGGAGACAUGUAGGUGUAGGGAGUAGGCACCAUCUAGGGGUCUUUGCCCCCCCUUAAAAUAUUUGAGGAGGCCAACCCCCCCCCUACUUUUUGUGUUUUUUUCCAAACGCAACCUUUUACUCUUCCGAAACUUGCCAUACAAUUUCUCUUUACAUUUGCCCUCUUAAAAAUAAAAAAUAAAUAAAUGCACAAAGGUCAUGAGGGAGGAAAAAUACACUUGAUACAAAGAUUGAACUCCAGUGACCAACAUGUGGAAGGAACGUUCAGUUUGAAGGGCAAUGUUUAAAGGCAAUAGGCAUACCAAGCAGGGUUCACAAAUUUAUCUCAGGAUCCCCCCUCUGGUCAUGGAUUCUCUUAUAACACUAGCUGACCAUCUAAAAAGACCAUCCAAGCCUAACUCUGACCCCCACCCCCAGCCUAGCCCUAAGCCUACACCUAACUCUAAGUACUCUGUACAAAAGCAAUAUAUACAAAAUAUUUACAAAAUAGGCGCAUAUGUGCACAAAAUAAAAAGGUAAAAUAAAAAAUAUUAAACUAAAGAACAACAAAUAUAAAAAUAAAAACAAACAAACAAACCACGAUAGCUCACCCAUGUCAAGAAUCUCAGUGGACUGAAAUCAAGAAAAUCAACCAAAACAAAAGCAACAGUUGUGAGGGGGGAAGGAGGGCCUGAGCUGCUUUGUGCAAAAUAAAAUAAAGUGUUAAAAUAAAAUAUAAAUCAAUCAAAUAAAAGUAAUAAAUGAAAUAAGAAUCAAAACAAGAAAUAUAUAUAUACACAAAAUAGGAAUGAAUGUGCACAAAAUAAAAAUGUAAAAUUAAAAAAGAACAAAAAUAUUAAAAUAAAGAAUGAAAACAAAUCAAAUUAAAACAAACAAACAAAUAAAUAAAUAACCAUGAAAGCCCGUGUCAAGAAUCUCAGCGGGUUGAAAUCAAUGAAAUAAACCAAAAGAAAAGCAAAAGCUGUGAGGGGGAAGGAGAAAAAAAGUUUAAAUAAUAAAAGUAAUAAAUGAAAUCAGAAUCAUAACAAGAAAUUGAGAAUAUAAGAAUCCACUGAACGCCUUGCCUAAUCCUUCGUCACCAGCAACUGCAGAUUGGGGGGCAAAGAGCCCAGCCAGCGCAGAGCAGGUCUGAGGGGUCCAAUCCCUUCCCCAAAGCCCCUCCCUGCCCCACUUCCCCAGGGGGGUCCCCCACACCACCCAUCACUCACCAGGAUGGCUUGGGCCGUCUCCUGCUUGGAGCACUUCAGGAUUCGGAGCCCCUGAGCUGAGCUGCCUGGCAGUUCUGAAUCACCUCCAGCAGGAACAGCUGAUCUUCCUCCAGCAGCUGAAAGGCAAAAGUCAGGCUGUCAGUUCCUCAGGGACACCCCAGGCCUUGGGGGCUAAUCCUGGCCACCUUCAACCAGAGUGUGGCUCCCCAGGCUAACGAGAUGGUCACGAGAGGGUUCCACUCCACCCUUUUAAAUUUUAAAUGUCAAAACAGACCCCAACUUUCAGAGCAUGUAAAUCACAUGAGUGGAAAGACUGCUGUGACACUCACAAAAUUAGGACUACUUUUCCUUCUCCCACCUUUAAAGGUCUACAUAACGAAACCGAAUUGACCCAAGUCGGCUUUCCUCUGCCAAGCUUAACUUCCCUCUUCAAGCCCAAAGACAACACUUUCCCAUGCCCGGACAAAACGCCCUGGCCUUUCAUUCAGCGUAGCGCAGGGACUGACUGAACAGAUGGCAAGAUGCCUUCAUCCUCAGACACUUGGCAGAUUCUUAAAUUGCCGUGCAGGCCAGAUUCACGACCCUGGCAGGCUGGAUUCAGCCCGUGAGAUAUAGUUUGAGGACACCUGGUCUACACUGACUGGCAGCAGCUCCCCAGAGUUUCAGGCAGGGAUUUCCUUCAGCCCUUGCAGGAGAUGUCAGGGGUUGACCCUGGGACAUUCUGCAUGCCAAGCAGAUGCUCAAGGGCUCCCCAUAUUUCACUAGCCUUUCAACGUUAUGCUAUUAGCAACCGUGGAGAUUCCACAUGCCUCUUCCGAAAGGAGAACACUCACCUGAUCAAUUUAAUUAAUAAUAUUUUUUUUUUAAUACCCGCACAUCUGGCUGCGUUACCCAAGCCACUCUGGGCGGCUUCCAACAAAAUAUUAAAAUCCAAUAGUCCAUCAAAUAUUAAAAGCUUCCCUAAACAUAAUGAAAGCAACCAUACAUUUUCAGUCCAUUGAAUUAGCAAUUAAGCAUUUCUGGAAAGGGAAAUGGCAUACUUUUGUGUAUUAAAAGGUAAAGGGGCCCCUGACCAUCAGGUCCAGUCAUGUCCGACUCUGGGGUUGCGGCGUUCAUCUUGCUCUGUAGGCCGAGGGAGCCAGCGUUUGUCCACAAACAGCUUCCAGGUCAUGUGGCCAGCAUGAGAAAGCUGCUUCUGGUGAACCAGAGCAGCACAUGGAAACACCGUUUACCUUCCCGGCGUAGUGGACCCUAGAAUCAUAGAAUCAUAGAGUUGGAAGAGACCACAAGGGCCAUCCAGUCCAACCCCUUGCCAAGCAGGAAACACCAUCAAAGCAAUCCUGACAGAUGGCC